AGUCAUUGGAUCACUGUGAAAAGUAGCAGUGACUGCCACAUUUUAAUAUCACAACAGCCUAACCAAACGGGCGGCGGCACAGCUGACUUCAAGGAAACACUUCCCGGAAACGUGCGCACCGCACCAAUUAAACCGUAAACACUAUUUACCAGUUUUUACAAUAACACACAACGGCCUUGGAAGUCCGAUUUCGGUGUGCGGCGGGCAAUGAAGAAGUAAACACGUUGGUUCAUCAAUCCGUUACCCAGCUCUAUUUUAGCUAGUGCAAUAGAAUUAUUCCACGUUCAAUAAUCGAUCGCCGCGAUCGUCCCACCGCUAUUGAAAUACUGCAUGAUAAGGAGAGUUCAAAAGUCUACGGGUGAUUAACAGCUACUAAUCUCGCGAGACAAUAGAUUCGAUCUCGGUGUCGGCGCCGCCUGUUGUUAUUCAUCGAUCGUGAUGGGCAACACCAGUGGAAGUCAACGGCACAGCAAAUCGGCGGGCCUGAUGGUUCCGUCAUCGCCCACCAAGGAAGUGCAAAGUCAAGCGUUCGUUUUCGAUAAGAACUCGGACGCCAACGCACUGCACGAGCCCGAUCCGUUGUACACGAAAAACACGUCCAAACCAAACGAUGACGAUUUUGCCGAUGGCAUACCUCGUUCUAUGUCAGCUAGUGACACCGAAAACAAAAUGCUACCGACUGUGUUCAGAUGGGAAGGUGGUGGCAAACAAGUUAGUAUAAGUGGCACAUUCUCGGAAUGGAAACCUAUACCAAUGGUUCAGAGUCACAAUGAUUUUGUUACUAUAAUUGAUUUGCCAGAAGGUGAACACCAGUAUAAAUUUUGUGUCGAUGGUAAUUGGCAAUGUGAUCCCAAAGUUUCAAUGAUUGAAGGUGAUCCAGGUAUAACAAAUAACAAAGUUGUUGUAAAGAAAACUGACUUUGAAGUUUUCCAAGCCUUAGAUGUUGAUGCAGUUGGUGAAAAUGGCAUUGAAAUAUCUGGUUUUUCUCAAGAUAUUCCUUCAUCAGUUCCUUGGCAAAAGAUUUCUGGUCCACCAAUUUUACCUCCACAUCUUCUGCAAGUAAUAUUAAAUAAAGAUACUCCAGUUUCGUGUGAACCAACACUUCUUCCAGAGCCAAUCCAUGUAAUGCUCAACCAUUUAUAUGCUCUUUCAAUUAAGGAUGGAGUUAUGGUGCUGAGUGCAACACACAGAUAUCGUAAAAAAUAUGUUACUACACUUCUUUAUAAACCAAUCUGAACUUGAUGAAUGGAGUGACCCAGAUGUGUUUUGUUUGAAACUGUUGGAAUGUGCAAUGUUGCCAUUCCUUGAUUUACAAGUAAGUAGAUAUCUUCGUUUGUUGUUUUUUUAAGCUCUGAAAAUAAAUAAAACCUUAGUAUAAGGGUAAAAUAAGUCUGAGCAAAAGUGAUUUGCUAACUACUUUGCUACAAAAAUAUAAAUAUAUUAUUUUUUUGAU